CGAGGUCAACCAUCUUUAAUUGCCCCUGGUCUGUGAAACAUUUGAGGGCUCAUAUUUUUUUACAUUUCCGACGACAUCCUCCUCCAAGCAUCACGCGAAUCCCUCCUCAGCGCUAGUGGCGAAUUUCGCGUCCUUCAUCGAACUGUUCCAGAUAUCUACAAAAUCAGAUAGGGUUUAACGCGAGAUUCUCCAGCGUAGGACACCAUGAAUAAGGGUAAAUCAUUGAAAGCAGGCCCUUCUCAGUCUGCAGGCCUGUACAAGGCUGAAUCCGUCAAAGACGUUGCAGAGUCGCUGGGGAUCACAAAUCUAUCUGAGAGUGUUGCUUCUAACCUCGCGAGCGACGUGGAGUAUCGGCUGCACCAAGUCAUUGAGGAAGCUGCUCGAUUUAUGCGGCAUGCACGCCGAACAAGUUUGACUACCAAUGAUAUCGACCAAGCCCUACGCGUCCUGAACAUUGAACCCCUCUAUGGCCACACGCCACACAACCCACCCUCCUUCCGCCGUGCGCUUCCCUUUCCCACUCUCCCUGCCGCGGGCUCCGUAUAUUUCCUUGAGGACGAGGAGAUCGAUUUUGAUAGGGUGUUGAAGGAAGAGAGGCUAUCGACCGGUAACAACGGGGUGAGGUGGACGGCGCAUUGGUUAGCGGUAGAGGGUGUGCAGCCGCUCAUUCCAGAGAAUCCACCGGCUAUUCCAAAGGACGAGCCGGGAGCAGGUACACAGAAGAACGGAGUCAACGGACUUGUGGCGGGGAUGGGGCAGUCGACGCCUACGUCGCCAGGAGCGAGACGGCUGGCGGCAUCACAACACUCACAACAACAGCAGCAGCAGCUCGUCAAACAAGUUCUUUCGAGGGAGUUGCAGCUUUAUCACGCUCGGCUCACUUCAUCGCUACUAUCACCGUCUUCCACCACGGCCGAUCAGACGAAACGGACGGCGGCGCUUGCAAGUUUGAGGCACGAUGCGGGGCUGCAGCCGUUACUGCCAUACCUUGUUCGAUGGGUUGCAGAGGGUGUAAUAGCGAUAUUGAAGGAGGGUCCGGAUAGCGGAGAGGGUGAUGAAACCGGAAGGGUGCUCGAGGUGUACCUCCAGGUUAUAGCAGCUCUCUUGGACAAUCAGACUUUAUUCGUCGAGCCUUACCUUCACCAACUGCUCCCUCCUAUUCUGUCCAGUCUCCUCUACUCGUCGCUACCGCUACCAACACCAUUGAAUAAACCAAACCCAAUUCGCACCCACGCGUCCCAGACCCUUUCCCACCUCCUGACCCAACACUCUUUGUCCUAUCCCGACCUCUCACCUCGUAUCAUGAAGACCCUCCUAGUCGGACUCGUUGGCGUAAACAAAGCCAAAGGCACCCGCGAAGGCGCCGUCAUGGGCCUCAUUGCCGUCGGAAAAGAAGCCGUACGGCAAGGGCUACUAGGAAAAAACGGCGCGAAGGUCAUAGGCAACGAGCUGACCGCGGCGAAGGGCACGGGAAGGAUCAGGGAUAUGAUCGGGAGCGAGGGGUUAAGGGAGGAGGUUUUGAGGGCGCUGAGGAUGAUGUGUGGACUCGAGGAAGAGGGAGGCGCGAGCAUGGAUAGGAUGAUGAUUGGGUUGGAGGAUAGGAGUGAGGAGGACAGGGAGCUUGAUAGACGGCUGAGAGACGUGCUGGGAGAUUAUUUUGCGGAGAGGGUCAAGGGAGAUAAGGAGUGGGUGAAGGCGAUAUUGGGGAUGUGAGUGUGAGGUGCGAUGAAUGUUUCACUUCUGUGAUUAUUGCCGCUUGUUGUUUUAUUGCUGUGUGUUUCCCGCCCGACUUCUCCUUGAAUG